AUGGUCAUCGUUACGCGGGGAGAUUACAUAUGGAUCGAACCGAUAUCGGGAAGAGAAUUUGACGUUGCGAUCGGAGCACGAGUGAUUUCGGCAGAAGGUAGACGGAUCCAAGUUAAGGACGACGAUAAUAAGGAGCAAUGGCUGACUCCGGAGAGACGAAUAAAGGCUAUGCACGCCACGUCCGUGCAAGGUGUCGAAGAUAUGAUCAGCUUAGGAGACCUCCAUGAAGCUGGCAUUUUGAGAAAUUUACUGAUACGUUAUAACGAGAAUCUCAUUUAUACUUACACCGGCUCCAUAUUGGUCGCCGUAAAUCCAUAUCAGAUAUUGCCUAUUUACACCGCGGAACAAAUAAAGCUCUACAAGGAUCGCAAAAUUGGAGAACUUCCGCCUCACAUAUUUGCUAUCGGCGAUAACAGUUAUGCACACAUGAACAGAUACGGUCAAGAUCAAUGUAUAGUAAUUAGUGGCGAAAGUGGGGCAGGAAAGACUGAGAGUACGAAAUUAAUUUUACAAUAUUUAGCGGCAAUCAGCGGCAAGCACUCUUGGAUAGAACAACAGAUCUUAGAAGCAAAUCCGAUAUUAGAAGCCUUUGGUAAUGCGAAAACUGUGAGAAACGAUAACUCCUCUCGUUUCGGUAAAUAUAUAGAUAUUCAUUUUAACGAGCAUGGUGUGAUAGAAGGUGCCAAGAUAGAACAAUAUCUUUUGGAAAAAUCCCGCAUCGUGUCUCAAAGCUUAGACGAAAGGAAUUAUCAUGUUUUUUAUUGUAUGCUGGCUGGACUGUCAAAGGAAGAAAAACAAAAGCUAGAACUUGAGGAUGCCUCGUCGUACAGGUAUCUAACGGGAGGAGGGAGUAUAACGUGCGAGGGGAGAGACGAUGCUGCCGAAUUUGCUGAUAUAAGAUCAGCUAUGAAAGUAUUGUUGUUUACUGAUUCCGAAAUAUGGGAGGUUUUAAAGCUCCUCGCAGCUUUGUUACAUAUGGGAAACAUUAAAUACAGAGCUACUGUCGUAGAUAAUUUGGACGCAACGGAAAUACCAGAACAGACAAACGUUCAGAGAGUAGCGCAUUUGUUGGGUGUUCCAGUACAAUCAUUGAUAGAUGCUCUUACACGAAAAACAAUAUUUGCUCACGGCGAGACUGUAGUUUCCACGUUGUCAAGGGAACAAUCGGUCGAUAUAAGAGACGCUUUCGUUAAAGGAAUAUACGGGCGAUUAUUUAUACAUAUUGUGAAAAAAAUUAACGAAGCUAUUUACAGACCGAAGAAUACUUCGCGCAGUGCCAUCGGUGUUCUUGAUAUAUUUGGUUUUGAAAAUUUUAAUCACAAUAGCUUUGAGCAAUUUUGCAUUAAUUACGCGAAUGAAAAUCUUCAACAAUUUUUUGUACAACAUAUCUUUAAGCUAGAACAAGAAGAAUAUAAUCACGAAGGUAUUAAUUGGCAGCAUAUAGAAUUCGUCGACAAUCAAGAUGCAUUAGAUUUAAUAGCUAUUAAGCAAUUAAAUAUUAUGGCACUUAUCGAUGAAGAAUCAAAGUUUCCUAAAGGAACGGACCAAACGAUGUUAGCAAAGAUUCAUAAGACUCAUGGGACACACAGAAAUUACUUGAAACCAAAAUCGGAUAUCAAUACUUCAUUUGGAUUGAACCAUUUCGCAGGUGUUGUUUUCUAUGACACUAGAAGUUUUCUCGAAAAAAAUAGAGACACGUUUAGCGCUGAUUUGUUACAACUCAUUCAUAUAUCUUCAAAUAAAUUUUUACAAACGUGCUUCAUCGAGGAUAUUGGUAUGGGAUCUGAAACUAGAAAAAGAGCACCAACUUUGUCGACUCAGUUCAAAAAGUCAUUAGAUUCCCUUAUGAAAACUUUAUGCAGCUGUCAGCCUUUUUUCAUAAGAUGUAUUAAACCUAACGAAUAUAAAAAACCUAUGAUGUUCGAUAGAGGAUUGUGUUGCCGACAAUUAAGAUACUCUGGAAUGAUGGAAACAAUUAGAAUACGUAGAGCUGGAUAUCCAAUCAGGCAUUCCUUUCAUGAGUUCGUUGAGAGAUACAGAUUCCUUAUAUCGGGUGUACCACCUGCGCACAAAGUCGAUUGUCGAGCUGCUACUUCAAAAAUUUGCCAUGUAGUUCUAGGAAGAUCGGAUUAUCAAUUAGGACACACUAAAGUAUUUUUGAAGGAUGCACACGAUUUAUUUUUGGAGCAAGAACGCGAUCGUGUCUUGACGCGAAAAAUUUUGAUAUUGCAACGAAAUAUACGUGGAUGGGUUUACAGAAGAAGAUUUAUACGUAUGCGAGCGGCUGCAAUGAUAAUACAAAAGUAUUGGAGAGGCUACGCUCAACGGCAUCGUUACAAAUGUAUGAAGAGUGGCUAUAUGAGAUUACAAGCUCUCAUAAGAUCACGAGUACUUUCUCAUAGAUUUCGACAUUUGCGUGGACAUAUAGUUGCUCUUCAAGCGCGAGCUAGAGGUCAUUUAGUACGCAAAAUGUACCGCAAAAAAUUAUGGGCAAUUGUUAAAAUUCAAGCGCACGUGAGAAGAUUGAUAGCACAAAGAAGGUACAAAAAAAUUAAAUACGAGUAUAGAUUGCACAUUGAAGCAUUGAGGUUGCGGAAGAAAGAAGAACGCGAACUGAAAGAUCAAGGAAAUAAAAGAGCUAAAGAAAUCGCUGAACAAAAUUAUAGGGAACGAAUGCAAGAAUUGGAACGAAAAGAGAUAGAAAUGGAACUUGAAGAUAGACGCAGGAUGGAAAUUAAGAAAAAUUUGAUUAACGAUGCGGCGAAGAAACAAGACGAGCCAGUUGACGAUAGUAAAUUAGUCGAAGCGAUGUUUGAUUUCUUACCCGAUUCGAGUAGCGAAGCACCGACGCCAGCCAGGGAAACUUCUGUUUUCAAUGAUCUUCCAGCUCCUAAAGCUGAUCAGCAAGAAAUUAUUAGUCCGGUUCAAACCGCUUCGGAAGAUGAGGAAGACCUAUCCGAAUUUAAAUUUCAAAAGUUUGCAGCUACGUAUUUUCAGGGUAAUAUCACGCACCAGUACUCAAAGAAGCCAUUGAAACAUCCAUUACUGCCCCUGCAUACGCAAGGAGACCAACUGGCUGCUCAAGCUUUAUGGAUCACCAUACUCCGUUUUACCGGUGAUCUUCCAGAGCCACGUUUUCAUACGAUGGACAGAGAUACAACGUCUGUCAUGUCAAAAGUAACUGCAACACUCGGACGUAAUUUCAUUAGAAGUAAAGAAUUCCAAGAAGCACAGAUGAUGGGCAUGGAUCCAGAAUCAUUCUUAAAGCAGAAACCACGAUCUAUUAGACGAAAAUUAGUAUCGUUGACCUUAAAAAAGAAGAAUAAAUUAGGAGAGGAUGUUAGAAGGAGACUGCAAGAAGACGAAUACACAGCGGAUAGUUAUCAAUCUUGGUUAGAAGCAAGACCGACUUCAAAUCUGGAAAAACUACAUUUUAUUAUUGGCCAUGGAAUACUCCGAGCAGAAUUAAGAGAUGAAAUUUAUUGUCAAAUUUGCAAGCAAUUAACGAAUAAUCCAUCUAAAUCAUCUCACGCUCGUGGCUGGAUUUUAUUAUCUCUCUGCGUCGGUUGUUUCGCUCCGUCUGAAAAAUUCGUCAACUAUCUGCGUGCAUUUAUAAGAGAAGGGCCACCGGGCUAUGCUCCGUACUGCGAAGAUCGUCUAAAGAGAACGUUCAAUAAUGGUACUCGUAAUCAGCCUCCAAGUUGGUUGGAACUCCAGGCAACAAAAUCGAAAAAACCAAUUAUGCUACCUAUCACAUUCAUGGACGGAAAUACCAAGACUCUUUUCGCUGAUUCAGCAACCACAGCUAGAGAAUUGUGCAAUCAACUAUCUGAUAAAAUUUCAUUAAGAGAUCAAUUUGGAUUCUCCCUUUAUAUCGCGCUAUUCGAUAAAGUUUCAUCAUUGGGUAGCGGCGGUGAUCACGUUAUGGAUGCUAUUUCUCAAUGCGAGCAAUACGCUAAAGAACAAGGUGCACAGGAACGAAAUGCGCCAUGGAGAUUGUUUUUCCGAAAAGAAAUCUUUGCUCCCUGGCACGAACCAACGGAAGAUCAAGUAGCGACAAAUCUGAUAUAUCAACAAGUAGUCAGAGGUGUUAAAUUCGGUGAAUAUCGGUGCGACAAGGAAGAAGAUUUGGCAAUGAUCGCGGCUCAGCAAUAUUAUAUAGAGUAUCAUACGGACAUGAAUACAGAAAGAUUAUAUACUUUACUACCUAAUUAUAUACCGGAUUAUUGUUUAGCUAGUAUUGACAAGGCCAUUGACAGAUGGGGACAUCUUGUUCUGCAGGCAUAUAAAAAGAGUUAUUAUUUAAAAGAAAAAGUACCUGUUUUACGCGUUAAGGAGGAUAUAGUAGGCUAUGCAAAGUUCAAAUGGCCUUUACUUUUUUCUCGUUUCUAUGAAGCUUAUAGAAAUUCUGGUCCAAAUUUGCCUAAGAACGACGUUAUUAUAGCUGUCAAUUGGACCGGAGUUUAUGUUGUUGAUGAUCAGGAACAAGUGCUUCUGGAAUUGUCCUUCCCUGAAAUUACCACCGUGUCUAGUCAAAAAACGAACAAGAUGUUUACACAGACAUUCAGUUUGUCGACGGUGCGGGGAGAGGAAUUUACAUUCCAGAGCCCUAACGCAGAAGAUAUUCGUGAUUUGGUUGUAUACUUUUUAGAAGGCCUAAAAAAACGUAGUAAACAUGUUAUAGCAGUACAAGAUUACAAAGCACCUGGCGAAGGAUCCUCAUUUUUAAAUUUUCAAAAAGGAGAUCUUAUUAUUUUGGAAGAUGACAAUAAUGGCGAAAGUGUUCUUAAUUCGGCUUGGUGUGUCGGAACUUGCGAAAGGACUGGCGAGAAGGGAGAUUUCCCUGUAGAGACAGUUUACGUUUUACCGUCUCUUACUAAGCCCCCGAAUGAUAUAUUGGCAUUGUUUAGUAUGGAAAGUACUGAAAAUGGCCGUAAAUUAUAUCCUCAACAAAUAAAUGGAGUUGAAUCUCGAGACAAACCUCAUACUCUUAUGGAAUAUGCCAUUGACCACUUUCGAAUUCCGCCAAAGAGAACAAUGUCAAAAGCUUUAACUCUGACAACCGCAAGAAGAGGUCAUUCAGAUGAAUUAUGGCAUCACUCGAGAGAACCGAUAAAGCAACCGCUCUUGAAAAAGUUAAUAUCCAAGGAAGAGCUUGCAGAAGAAGCGUGUUUUGCGUUUAAUGCUAUUUUAAAAUAUAUGGGUGAUUUGCCAACCAAAAGACCUCGAAUAGGCAAUGAAUACACUGAUCUUAUUUUUGAUGGUCCUUUAAAGAAUGAAAUAUUAAGAGACGAAAUUUAUUGUCAAAUAAUGAAGCAACUAACCGAAAAUUGUAAUAGACUUAGCGAAGAACGCGGGUGGGAGUUGAUGUGGCUCACUACUGGACUUUUUACUUGUAGUCAAAGUCUUCUUAAAGAAUUAACAUUAUUUUUACGCACAAGACGGCAUCCUAUAUCUCAAGAUUCUUUACAAAGGCUUCAAAAAACUUUACGUAACGGUCAACGAAAAUAUCCUCCUCAUCAAGUGGAAGUAGAAGCUAUCCAACAUAAGACAACACAAAUAUUUCAUAAAGUCUAUUUUCCAGAUGAUACUGACGAGGCGUUUGAGGUUGAUUCAUCUACAAGAGCAAAGGAUUUUUGUCAAAACAUUGCGCAAAGGCUUAAUUUACGUUCAGCAGAAGGUUUUAGUUUAUUUGUCAAAAUCGCAGAUAAGGUCAUUUCUGUACCAGAAGGUGAUUUCUUUUUCGAUUUUGUGCGGCACCUAACAGAUUGGAUCAGAAAAGCUAGACCAUCGCGGGAAGGUGUUUCGCCCCAGUUCUCGUAUCAAGUAUUCUUUAUGAAAAAGCUAUGGACAAAUACAGUUCCUGGGAAAGACAGAAAUGCGGAUCUUAUAUUCCACUUUCAUCAAGAACUUCCAAAGUUACUCAGAGGAUACCAUAAAUGUACUAAAGAAGAAGCUUCAAGAUUAGCAGCAUUGGUAUAUAGAGUACGUUUUGGAGAAAGUAAACAAGAACUUCAGGCGAUUCCACAAAUGUUAAGAGAACUUAUACCAAGCGAUUUGGUAAAGAUACAAAAUUCUAAUGACUGGAAAAGAUCUAUAAUAGCUGCAUAUAAUCAAGAUGCUGGAAUGAGUCCAGAGGAUGCCAAAAUAACAUUUUUGAAAAUAGUUUAUCGGUGGCCAACGUUUGGAUCUGCAUUCUUUGAAGUUAAGCAAAGUACAGAACCAAAUUAUCCAGAAUUACUUUUAAUUGCAAUUAAUAAACAUGGAGUAAGCGUUAUACAUCCUCAAACAAAGGAUAUAUUAAUAACACAUCCUUUUACUAGAAUCUCUAAUUGGUCAUCUGGUAACACUUACUUUCAUAUGACAAUAGGAAACUUGGUAAGAGGCUCGAAACUUUUGUGUGAAACUUCACUUGGCUAUAAAAUGGAUGAUCUGUUAACGUCAUAUAUUUCAUUAAUGCUCACAAAUAUGAAUAAGCAACGUACAAUAAGAAUGAAAUAGAUUUAUAGCUACAUUUCCUCCAAAGCGAUUAAAAAAUAAUUCGUAAAUUUUUCUAUUUUUUCAAUAUAAGUGAUAAAAAAUAAAAAGAGAGAGAGAGAGAGAGAGAGAGAGAGAGAGAGAGAGAGAGAGAGAGAGAGAGAGUGAGUGAAGAAUAAGAAUAACUAUACUUUCCAUUAGAAAUUUGAAGUGUAAAACAAAAUGUAAGUAAUUUUAGGGCAAACUCAAUUUGACCGUAUCGAAAUAUUGUUGUUAAUGACUGUUUAUAUUUACUAUACAAUACCGUUGAAGUGGUAUUUUUUUAUCAUGCAAAGAGCACAUUCAUUAUGUUUUUAUGUGGUAUUUUUGUAUUUAUUUUUUGUUUCUUUUUAAAUUAAUGUCAUAAAGUUUAAUGUUUCUAAUAUUAUAAUUACAGUAUUAACUUUUUCAACACCAUAUUAUUUAAAUACAAGCAAAUUACUUGUUUAGUUUAUUCGUUUUACAUUAGAAAUAAGUAUAAAAGCCAGAUUUAUUUGUUUCACUCUUACCGUUCAAUUUGCAAUUAACAGUAUAAUUGAUAAUACAAAGGGAAUAAAAGUAUAUCUAUAUAAAAGAAUGAUCUAAAAGCAUUGUAUAUGAUUUAUUUAAAAAUAAGACUUUCAUAGAAUUUUGUAAAAUAUUAAUCUGCUUUAUAUUAUACAUAUAUAAUCAGAGGACUUUGUGCUAAAGCAUAUACUAUUCGGUUUCGAUAUAAAUGACAUUUUUCUUAUUAUUUAAAUAGUACAUAAAAUUGUUGAAAAUGACAAUAAGGUAAUAAAUAUUACUAUACGUAAGUUGUGAAUAUGAAAAUAUUGCGAAAUGAUUUUUUAAAGUGUUUAUUUAACGAUAUCGAGAUUCAUAAAUUAUAACAAGAGAAAAAAAAAAGAACGAAAAAGAAAAAUCAGAAACUACAUAAACUUGUAUCCGUCCAAUGAUAUUAAAGAAUAUAAUUACUUAUUAAUCCACAUUUAUAAAUUGUGAAUAAUAAAGACAAUAGUAUUCUU